GGGAGGUUAUCAGCCCAUCACAAAAAUGGCUAGACGAACUGACGGGUAGUGCUCGGAAAACAGGAAAUUCAGUUGUUCGGGCGUUAGGUUGCAUGACUUCCGCGACGUUAGAUAAUAAGCUGUCACUAGCCGAAUUGUUUCAUUAUUUAUUCCAGGAAGCUUUGUUGAAAAACCUUUCUAAUUUGACUUAUUUGUUGUUACCGAUUAAUCUCGAUAAGGCUCGCAUGGGUAUGAGUCACAGACCAACACAAAUGGAUAAUCUACCAAACAAUAAAAGAUCGACAAUCUAUUGGUCGUUCUUUGGCUUUAAUUUGACUUGGUAUGGAGUCAAAGGAGCAAUGAAUGCAACCUCACGGCGCACAAAUGCAAACGAACGGGUGUAA